CUCUCGCCGCCGCUGUCCCCGGCCUCCACGGCGGCGGCGGCGCUGGCGAACUCGAGGUGGAACCCGACCAAGGAGCAGGUGGCCGUGCUGGAGGGGUUGUACGAGCACGGCCUGCGCACCCCCAGCGCGGAGCAGAUCAAGCAGAUCGCGGCCAGGCUGCUCGAGCACGGCCACAUCGAGGGCAAGAACGUGUUCUACUGGUUCCAGAACCACAAGGCCCGCCAGCGCCAGAAGCAGAAGCAGGACAGCUUCGCCUACUUCACCAGGCUCCUCCGCCGCCCGCCGCCGCUGCCCAUGCUCGUCAGGCCCCCCGGCCCGCCGUUCCCUCACGGCCGCCUCCCCGUCCCGGCGGCGCCCGCGAUGGCGACGAUGGCCCCGCCGCCGCCCGCUGCUGCUGCUGCAUGCAACACCAGCACCGCCGCUGCAGUGAUGUACAGGGCUCCAUUCUACAUGCCAGCUCCGCAGGCGCCAGCGGCGAGCGCCGCCUACUACCACACGGUGCAGGAGCAGCAGCAGAUGCUGCUUCACCACCAGCAGCAGCAGCAGUGGCCAGUCAUGUACCCGAGGAUGGCGGUCGCCCAGGACAAGAUGAUCCCCGCCGCGGCGCCGCAGCAGCAUCAGCAGCCGCCGAGCCACCCGGGCGCCGCCGUGUACCAGUCCGCCGCGGCACCGGGCAACGCGAGGUCCGCCGCUCCGCUGCACGUGGUCCACCUCCCGGCGGCUGACGCCGGGGGCCCCAGCCGCGAGACGCUGCAGCUGUUCCCGCUGCAGCCCACCUUCCUGCUGCCGGACAAGGGGCGCGCCGCCGGCACGUCGGCGUCGACGGCGUCCGCUUCGUUCUCCGUGGAGUCCGAGAGCUCGGGGAGCCCGGACUCGAACGGCGACGCGCCCGCGGUGCCCUUCUACGACUUCUUCGGCCUCCAGUCCGGAGGCCGCUGAUCUGGGAGGGAGACGGUGAUCGGAGCUGAGG